AUGACGAUAGAUAUACUCCUUGGCAUUAUCCUGACUGAAAGCAAUCGAUUUGCCAACGAAGGGCGUCGCAUAUCCUUCUACUCAACCCUGCAAAGGGAGAACAGUCCAAAGGGGAGGGAAGCCAACUUCUCAACGCAGAGCAGUAAUGUGAAGCUGAAUUGCUUAUCGGCCGUGGUUGGAUACCGCGAAGACACCGCGUUAUUUACGCGAGCUCUUGAGAGCUACAAGGCAGCUCGAGGUCAAGAUUUUAUGUUGGUAGGCAUUGAUGGUAAUAAUGCAGAAGAUCAAGACAUGGUAGACGUUUUUCAGAGGGUUGUGUCUAUCCUUCUCGGAGUCAGAUCAUUCACCCGGUCUACGCCCGCUUGUACUGCAACGAGUGACUGUCAGAGCGGGCCUUGUACUGCCUUUCGACUAUCAGCUCUGUCGGCCAUUCUUAUGCCCUGGUAUAUGCAGAAGGUCUUUGGCAAGCGAAUGAUCGUUAACGAGGAUCGCCACCUUACCACCAACCUUCUCGUUCGCGGCUGGGCCGUGGUCUUUGCCUCCGACGUCCUUACCGCUACAGAGACGCCUACUACUGUCACACGCUGGUUGCGACAACAAGUCCGCUGGGCCCGGGCGACGCACAUCGAAUCACUCCUCAUCCCAUGUGUCUAUGCCAUGUCUCAUCCCAUGGCAUUCUUCGCCGCCGCCAGACGCGAGUUUGGACCUCUAGUCGUUGCGGUCGCUGUGCUCUCGUACUUCCUCACGUCGCACAAGCUGCUUUACUUCAGCUACCCGGAUUUGUUUCUUCGAAUCGGCAUUACUACAGUCUACAAUCUCUUGCGCAAUCCGGACAGGUUGAGACUGGCAUUGUCGUGGUAUGUUGUGCCUGGCAUGUUCUUCUAUAAUAUUCCUCUGCCAGCAAUACACAUCUGGAGUUUGGUGACAAUGACGGCUGAUACGUGGGGGACGGCAAUGAGAGCGAGCACGGAGAUUCCUAAGAAGGAUAGUAGUCGGAAAAAGUGGUUUGAGACAGGCUUUUUUGUGGUUUGGAUGGGAAUUGUCGGAGGGACAGUGAGCAGGUGGCUGGCAAACGAGUUUGACUUGUGCCAGGGCCAGACGCUUGUAUUCAUGCUGUGCGGCGUCUCGCUCGCAUCUGUCAGCACCUGGAAGGCAACAAUUGCGAGUCAAUAG